AUGAAGUUGUGGAGGCAGAUUUCUAUUAUUCUGUUUGCCCUUGUGGUAAAUGGACAAAAUGACACUCUCGGUCUCAGCAAUGGGUACACAUCAGUAUCAACAGCCAAUUUCGAUAUCAAGUUUGUCAAGGAUUCGCAGAUUCUUGCUUCGCUGAAACCGACAGGCGAUGGCUUUGAUUUCUUGCCAUUCGAUUAUAUCACCUACCGAGCUUCCAAUGGUCAAUAUCAUAAUGGCGACAUCACAUUCCGCUAUCGUAUUGCUGGCGCUACCAAAUGGGUCUCAGCCGACUCCUCGACAGCGAGGAAACAAGUCAAGAGCGUCAAAGGUGGUCUCGCCGCUGCAGACCUUUCUGCUACGUUACCAUCAAGUUCACCCAUUCGUGUGGUCCGAAAAUGGUCCGAUGUCGAUGGAGACUUGGGACUGGCAUUCACUCUUACAAACACAGCCAAGCAAAGUCUGGAAAUAGGUAGCCUUGGGUUUCCUACGGAGUUCAACAGCAUCUUUACCAAUCGCGCCGCAGAAGAAAUGGCGGCAAAGUGUUCUCUUACAGACCCUUAUAUCGGAAUGGAUGCUGGCUAUCUCCAAGUUACUCCGACAUCUGGAACGGGAGCUGCAUUGAUUGUGACACCUCUCGUCAAUACUAGUACGCCACUCGAGGCGUGGAGAAAUCUCGAUGAGCCCAGUACUGAUCCUCUUUACUAUGGGAGUCAGACUUUUGAAGGCUUUUAUGAAUGGCAGACCCAUAGCAAGGCGUAUGCGAACAACGAAUGGACCGGUGUUACACCUUGGAAUGAACCAAGCUCCAAGACUUUAAAGCCCGGCGAGUCGGUUACCUAUGGUCUGCGAUUCUCCAUUGUUAAAGACGGCAUACGUGGUAUUCAAAAGGCUGUUCAAUCAACAAAUACACCUCUUACCAUCGGCAUUCCUGGUUAUGUCGUUCCUGUUGACUUGACGGCUCAACUUUACGUGUUCCACGGGGAUAUCUCCGAGGUUGUAUCCGAUAACAAUGCAUUCAAGAUCUCGCAAGUCUCGAAAGGCACCCUCAGCUUGACUCCCACCGGAUCUGUCUGGGGUCGGACCAAGGUGACAAUCACAUAUACCAAUGGCAAGGUCCAGACAGUGCACUAUUUCAUCACCGAUUCUGCGCCAGCAGUCAUCAGUAAGCUUGGUAAAUUCUCAACCACUUCUAUGUGGUUUGACGAUACCUCUGAUCCCUUCGGCCGCGCACCCUCAGUCAUGACUUGGGAUCAUUCAACCGGAGCACAGGCUUUACAAGACCCGCGAGUCUGGAUCUCAGGACUCAGCGACGAAGGCGGCGUGAUUUACCUAGCAACUGCAAUGAAACAAUCCGGUCUCAGCAAUGCCGCGGAAAUAGCCAAGCUGGAAACUUUCGCGAGAGAUGUGCUUUCAGAGAAGAUCCAGAACCCAGACUUCACUGUUCGCAAGAGUAUCUUCUUCUAUGAACCUGAUCUAGUUCCUGGGUACCAGUACAGCCAAUCUAUUAAUUGGGGCAACUGGUGGUCGUGGAAUAGAGAUGCAGCUUAUGCGACAGAUCGGGCCUACGAUUAUAUCCAUGUCAUUGGGGCAUAUUGGGCACUGUAUCGCGCAGGACGAGCGGAUGAGUCGCUUCUCAAGGUCAACAAUUGGCAGUGGUACCUUGGUCAGGCGUACAAUACAACAAUCACCUGUUUUGCAACCGACUCGAAUGGCAAUGGUUUGAUCGGGUACUCGCGGCUGGGACUAAUGGGAGAAAGUGUUGUUGGAGAGCUGCUAGCUGAUCUUCGUCGGGAGAGCUGGAUUGGUGAGGCCAAUGCUGUAGAAGCUGCCAUGAAGCUCCGAGCAGAUGCGUGGGACACUGAAGCCGUGCCCUACGGAAGCGAGAUGGCAUGGGAUUCGACGGGCCAAGAGGGAAUUUAUUACUGGAGCAAUUACUUCAAUCUCGCCCAGACGGCAACGAAGACGAUCAACAGUAUCAUCGGGUACAUGCCUACCGUUUCUCACUGGGGCUGGAAUGGUAAUGCCCGAAGAUAUUGGGACUUCAUCUACGGUGGCAAACUACAAAGAAUCGAACGCAUGAUUCACCACUAUGGCUCCGGCCUCAAUUCACUCCCACUCCUUUCCCAAUUCCGCCAAACCCCCAACGACACUUAUCUUCUACGCGUUGGAUACGGCGGUAUAACAGGCCCACUAAGCAACAUCCGACAAGACGGAUCCAUGUACAAUGCCUUCCACUCGUUCCCGGAUACCCUUCGCGGCGACGAUUAUUCGGGAGACUACGGGCCGAACUUCCUCGGCAUGAUGAUCGGAUCUGGUGUGUAUGUUGUGCACGAUCCGGAUGUUGGCCUGGUGACUUAUGGUGGAAAUAUGGAUGUGUCGGGUAAUUCUGUCACGGUUCAGCCGAGGGAUGCUAUUCGUCGUCGUGUCUAUAUUGCGCAGUUGGGUGUUUAUGUGACGAUCAGCGCGGGGCAGAUUGAGGAGUUUACGUUUGAUACGUCUGAUUUGACCUCUUUGAAGCUGACUGCCGUACCUGGUCCGGCAAAGGCGUCAUCUACUAUUGUUUGGGUGGAGACACCUGGUACCACUAAUAAUUAUGUUGUUUCUGGGAAGGCCGUGAAGCAGAGAGGUGGAUGGGCGAUUGAGCUAGGUACUGCAGGCGCCGAUGUGACCAUCUCCAAGGCGUAA